UCUGAAAAGCCAUCUUUGCAUUGUUCCUCGUCAGCCUCCUUGCUCGCCGCAGCCGCCUCCGCCGCGCGCCUCCUCCGCCGCCGCGGACUCCGGCAGCUUUAUCGCCAGAGUCCCUGAACUCUCGCUUUCUUUUUAAUCCCCGGCAUCGCAUCACCGGCGUGCCCCACCAUGUCAGACGCAGCCGUAGACACCAGCUCCGAAAUCACCACCAAGGACUUAAAGGAGAAGAAGGAAGUUGUGGAAGAGGCGGAAAAUGGAAGAGACGCCCCUGCUAACGGGAAUGCUAAUGAGGAAAAUGGGGAGCCGGAGGCUGACAACGAGGUAGAUGAAGAAGAGGAAGAAGGUGGGGAGGAAGAGGAGGAGGAAGGUGAUGGUGAGGAAGAGGAUGGAGAUGAAGAUGAGGGAGCUGAGUCAGCUACAGGCAAGCGGGCAGCUGAAGAUGAUGAGGAUGACGAUGUCGAUACCAAGAAGCAGAAGACCGACGAGGAUGACCAGACAGCAAAAAAGGAAAAGUUAAACUAAAAAAAAAAGGCCGCCGUGACCUAUUCACCCUCCACUUCCCGUCUCAGAAUCUAAACGUGGUCACCUUCGAGUAGAGAGGCCCGCCCGCCCACCGAGGGCAGUGCCACCCGCAGAUGACACGCGCUCUCCACCACCCAACCCAAACCAUGAGAAUUUGCAACAGGGGAGGAAAAAAGAACCAAAACUUCCAAGGCCCUGCUUUUUUUUUCUUAAAAGUGCUUUAAAAAGGAAAUUUGUUUGUAUUUUUUAUUUACAUUUUAUAUUUUUGUACAUAUUGUUAGGGUCAGCCAUUUUUAAUGAUCUCGGAUGACCAAACCAGCCUUUGGAGCGUUCUGUCCUACUUCUGACUUUACUUGUGGUGUGACCAUGUUCAUUAUAAUCUCAAAGGAGAAAAAAAAAACUUGUAAAAAAUGCAAAAAUGACAACAGAAAAACCAUCUUAUUCCGAGCAUUCCAGUAACUUUUUUGUGUAUGUACUUAGCUGUACUAUAAGUAGUUGGUUUGUAUGAGAUGGUUAAAAAGGCCAAAGAUAAAAGGUUUCUUUUUUUUCCUUUUUUGUCUAUGAAGUUGCUGUUUAUUUUUUUUUGGCCUGUUUGAUGUAUGUGUGAAACAAUGUUGUCCAACAAUAAACAGGAAUUUUAUUUUG